UGUCACAUUGCACUCUUUUUAACAGGCAGGAUUUCCACCAGGGGUUGUGAAUAUUAUUCCUGGUUUUGGAGAAACUGCAGGAGCUGCCAUUGCCUCUCAUAUGGACGUUGAUAAAGUUGCAUUCACAGGAUCCACUGAGGUUGGUCACCUGAUCCAGCAGGCUGCAGGAAAAAGUAAUUUGAAGAAGGUGACACUGGAACUUGGAGGAAAAAGCCCAAAUAUUAUCCUUUCUGAUGCUGAUCUUGAUCAUGCAGUUGAGGAGUCCCAUACAGCUCUAUUCUUUAACCAAGGACAGUGUUGCUGUGCCGGGUCUCGUACGUAUGUUCAAGAGUCUAUCUAUGACCGAUUUGUAGAGCAAAGUGUGGAAAGAGCAAAACUUCGGACUGUGGGAGAUCCGUUUGACUCCAAGAAUGAGCAGGGGCCACAGGUAGAUGAGGAACAAUUCAACAAAAUUCUGGGAUACAUCAGUAGUGGAAAAAAGGAAGGAGCCAAGCUCCUCUGUGGGGGAGGAGUGGCAGCAGACCGUGGGUUCUUUAUCCAACCAACUGUGUUUGGAGAUGUGAAGGAUGAUAUGAUUAUUGCUAGAGAGGAGAUCUUUGGACCAGUGAUGCAGAUUCUGAAGUUUAAGACAAUGGAGGAGGUGAUUGAGCGAGCAAAUGAUUCUGUGUAUGGACUUGCAGCUGCAGUGUUUACCAAUGACAUCAACAAGGCUAACUACGUGUCUCAGGGGCUACGCGCAGGAACUAUCUGGAUAAAUUGUUAUGAUGUGUUUGGAGCUCAAGCUCCGUUUGGUGGAUACAAAGCUUCAGGCAAUGGACGGGAACUUGGAGAAUACGGACUGGAAGCAUACACAGAAGUAAAGACUGUGACAGUAAAGGUCCUCCAGAAGAACUCCUAAGACAGACCACUAGCUUUUGAAUGCACUUUCAGCCUUCUAAAUGUGGAAUUACGAAGAAUAGAACAUUUAAACUAAUGACAGCAAUCUUUGAAACCUGUGUCAAGAAAAUUGAUUGUAUUGUCAACAGUGCUAAAUGUGAACCUGAUGAUUAAUGCAAUAAUGACCUUUACCUCUUAAUUAACUAAAAUAUUUAAGUGCUAAGCAUGUAAAGUAAUUUCAUUGAAUUCCAGCUAAUGAGUUGCACUUGCAUUUAAUUACAGUUUAAUACAGGCAAAUUAAGGAUUGAUAUGCAGUAACUGAUCAAUUAGAGCCAAAAUAUUAAUUAUGCUUUUUUUGUAGCUGGUUUGGUAACGUUGCUUUCUUGGACACACAAUAAAUACUCAACUAGUUAAACAUUAAGAAUUCCAGGAGUUUUGUUUAUUCCUCUUUUUUAAAUCUUGUACUUUGAAUGUAAGAAUCCAUCCAUUUGUAACAAUGGCAGAAGAUUUCUUUGUUGCCAAAAGCUACAGUUCCAUGUAUGUGGCGUACAUGGCAUCAAUGAGAUGGAACAGCUUUUGACAGACUAAUUAUUUGUGCAAAAUUAGAGAUUUGUUUAAAAUUUUAUAUCAUAAAAUCCCAAUGUAGAGCAUGAAAUAAAGCAGAUUUAAUUACA